AUGAUCGCGGCCCUGCCGAAGGUGCUGUGCUUGAAGACGCUAAAGCAGGUGUUGGCGCUCAGCAGAGCGGCAACACCCAGAGAAAGCCAUCUGUGUGCUGCAGGUGAUGCACUCGUGAGUUGCCAGAGACAUUACAAAUCCCGUCCUACGCAUGGUAUUGGGAAGUUUAAAUACCUGCUCCCGAAGGAGGCUCCAAAGAAGAGGAAGGAUAAAGUACAGAUGAAAGAGAUAAAUGUUGGAACCGAGUAUGAGUAUGGAGAUGUCAACAUCCAGAUGACUUCCUAUGAUAUGUGUCUCGUGGAGCAUUUUGCUCAGUACGUGCAUAAACUCUGCAACCGACUCUCCAUUAGGGUGAAUGAAAGCUACGCGAUGCCCACCAAAACCAACGAAGUGCUGUUCUUGGAAGAGCGAGGUUCCAAAAUGCAGCUGGAUGCAGUCCUCACUACCCAUCAGAGGGUUGUCCAGAUCAGCGGAUUGAGUUCAACGUUUGCUCCGAUACUCUUGGAAAUUAUUCAGAGUAACCAGCCUGAAGGGGUCCAUCUGUUAGUGAAAGAGCACACAGAAGCUGACUUCAAGAGCCGAUUGAAGUCUCGACCAGAACUUGAAGAGCUGCUAGCGCAGAUGAACUGA